AUGUCAACACCUACAACACCGCAACAUACAGGAGCCAAUGAGGAGAUGAACAUCGAUGAUGUUCGUGAGCUAGAUGACAGGGAUGUUCAAGAUUUAGACUUAGAUGCUGGAAUGGAGUCUUCUGUCGAACUUCCAAAAAGGAAGGCGACGGAUGAUGACGCAGAUAUGUUUGACCUUAGGGAUGACUUCAUGCCCAAAGUCAACAUAAGCUCUCCAUUUUCAUCUCAAGUGGAUGUCCAGCAGCUACAGGCGAAAGGCCAUUCUCAGAGACGGCUUUCUAUGUCACAACAAUCCAAAUUUAUCACCUAUUGUGAUGAGCGUCUAAUGGCCAUCCAGCGAAAGUUCGUUCAGUCAAGAGGCCUUACCGAAGAGAAUGGCUACAAAGGACUCGUUCCACUUUUGCAGGACAUGAAGCAAUUAUUGGACUUCAUAUGGUUUUCAAUCGAUGGCAUACCCAAUACAGAAGUUUUAAUUGAACAGGAUGUCAGCAGCGUAACUAUCAAUCAAUAUGAUGGUACAAAAUCGACUAAUAUUGGACAAACUUAUUAUCUCAUGCGCUUGGCUGACGAUUUUCUUGACUACCUCAUGAAAUUUGACUUGAAAGAGCUUGACGAAGACGAACAACAUAAUACACUGUCAAAAGUAUUCAAGUUCCUAAUUAUUUUGGACAAAAUCUUCGCUCGAUUACUUGACGGUACAGUCCCUGGCCAGACAAAGAUGGGUGGGACCGAAAUGGUGAGGCUAUCUGGCAUUGCGGAGCGUACAAGAGUGGCAUUAUCAUUAUACUUCAGUCAACAAAAGCUUCACGGGUAUCACUAUGAGAUAAGCAAAAUUUAUGAAGAAACGCUUGAAAGAUGUGCAUGA